GCGCGAGAAGGAGGGGCGUGGCCUCGCGCGAGCCACUACACAGCCGCCACUUAGCCGCUGUGCUGUGAGGGAGCCUUUCUCUCCCUUUUCCUUCCACGAAGCCGGCGGUGAGUGGCGGUGUUCAUCUGAGGGGCGCCGUCAGGCAGGUCCUACACAAAGAAUGAAAGAUGAAGAGCCUUUGGCAAACAUGUAACUUUCUAUGGAAAAUAUCCAAUUUGCCCGGUGCCACUUGAGACUUCAGAAGCUGUUGGUUGAACCAUCCAAGAUGAUCUUUUAUUAAUGCUCUCGGGAAAAGGGAAAUGUUUCAUAGCUUUUCUAACAUCUUUGAAUCUCUCAAGACAGCACUGAAGCUCAUGCUGAAAGAAAGCAGUUUAUUUUUCUGAACAACAUAGAUCCCAUGCCAUGGCUGGUGACAAUCACUGAAGAGAUUUGAAAGAUACCGUUCUUGGAAUGACUCUCACAGAACCAUACUGUCAGUUCAGUCUGGGGACCUUGCUGGCCUUAAUUUCUUCAUAUGUUCAACAUUAAUAAUGCUGUGAUGAUUUAUCAAAUUUUGUAAAGGGUGAUGUAAGCUUCAUUUAUUUGUUUGCAUAGGGAAAUGGAAGGUUUACGGACCUUACCGUGUGGUGUGCAUAUGUCAGCUGCUAUAUGCUACGAUGGGUUGCAAUAACCAUGUGACUGUAGCUUGCUGCUUCAAUAGCUUUAAGACGCAUUUUGAAAAGGACAUUCCUGCCAAAUUCUGAGCUUUCUGUAUCACAGGGCAUUUCCCAAGUGUUGCCAUGAUGUGUGAGGUAAUGCCUACCAUCAGUGAGAGUGACCCCUUGGGGUCACAGCCUGGCUCUGAUUCUGAUGCCAACUUUGAACAGCUGAUGGUGAACAUGCUUGAUGAGAGAGAUAAGCUCCUAGAGACGCUUCGGGAAACACGUGAGACUCUGUCUGUGACUCAGGGCCGGCUACAGGAGACCUUGCAUGAGCGAGACCAGUUACAGAGGCAACUGAACUCUGCUCUACCUCAGGAAUUUGCAACUCUGACCAGGGAACUCAAUGCAUGCCGAGAGCAGCUGUUGGAAAGGGAAGAGGAAAUCUCAGAGCUGAAAGCAGAGCGUAAUAACACAAGGCUUUUGUUGGAACACCUGGAGUGCUUGGUCUCAAGGCACGAACGCUCUCUGAGGAUGACUGUGGUGAAGCGACAAGCCCAGUCACCAUCUGGAGUCUCCAGUGAAGUUGAAGUUCUAAAAGCACUGAAAUCUUUGUUUGAACAUCAUAAAGCACUGGAUGAGAAGGUGAGAGAGCGUCUACGGGCAUCACUGGAACGAGUAGCUACCUUAGAAGAACAGCUGUCUAGUGCCCAUCAGCAGAUAAGUGCCCUCCAGCAAGGCCUCUCCCAGAGGGAAGCACCUGUGGGAGAGGAUGAAAAAAAGCCUGAAGGCAAGGAACUGGGGCAGAAAAAACUUUGGAAGAGACUCCCUAAUGGCUCUGUACAUGCAGAUGACGAGGCAAGCCGUACUGUGGAACUGCAAGAACUUCUAGAAAAGCAAAACUUUGAGCUCGCACAAGCUAAAGAACGGCUUGUUGCUCUUGCUGCCAGUGUUGCUGAGUUGGAAGAAGAUCUAAGCACUGCCAGGAGAGAUCUAAUCAAAUCAGAAGAAAUGAGCAGCAAGUACCAGAGGGAUCUACGAGAGGCUUUAGCACAGAAAGAAGAUAUGGAGGAGAGGAUCACCACUCUGGAGAAGCGCUAUUUGGCAGCCCAGAGAGAAGCCACUUCCAUUCAUGACCUCAAUGACAAACUGGAAAAUGAGCUGGCCAACAAAGAGUCUCUCCAUCGUCAGUGUGAGGAAAAGGCGCGUCACCUCCAGGAGCUUCUAGAACUGGCAGAGCAGAAGCUGCAGCAGACAAUACGGAAAGCUGAGACAUUGCCUGAGGUGGAGGCAGAGUUAGCCCAAAGGAUAGCAGCACUCACCAAGGCAGAGGAAAGGCAUGGCAGUAUUGAAGAACGGCUGCGUCAGCUGGAGACUCAAUUGGAGGAGAAGAACCAAGAAUUGGCAAGGGCUCGUCAGCGGGAGAAAAUGAAUGAGGAGCAUAACAAGCGACUGUCUGAUACUGUGGACAGACUUCUGAGUGAAUCCAAUGAACGGCUUCAGCUUCAUCUAAAAGAGCGAAUGGCAGCUCUUGAAGAGAAGAACACAUUGUUGCAAGAAUUGGAAAAUACUCAAAAGCAGAUCGAGGAACACCAGCAUGACAAGAGGAGGCUGUCAGAUGAGAUUGACAAACUGAGAUUAGAAAUGGAUCAGUUAAAGACAAGAAGUGGAUCAUUUCUUGAUAGUGUACAUACAAGAUCCCUUGUUGGAAGUACCCCAGAUCUCAGAUAUCCCCUCAGUAACAUGGUCCAUGUAACACCUGAGCCCUUUGGAACACCUUCCAGCCUUCACCGAGCACCAAAAAGCCGAUUUGCAGCUCUGCGGGAAGAACCUUCCAAGGAUUGGGAGAUUGCCCAGCCAAGUGGGGUCCUAGCCACCACAGCACACACUUUUGACAGUGACCCAGAAAUUUCUGAUAUUGAUGAAGAUGACCAGGAAACUGUCUUUAGUUCCAUUGAUAUGCUAUCACCUAGUGGUCACUCUGAUGCCCAGACCCUUGCCAUGAUGCUUCAGGAACAGCUAGAUGCCAUCAAUGAGGAGAUCAGAAUGAUCCAGGAAGAGAAAGAAUCAACUGAACUGCGGGCUGAGCAGUUGGAAAGCCGUGUUACUAGCGGUAGCAUGGAGGCCCUGAAUUUGACACAACUCCGCAAGAGAGCAUCCAUCCCCACCUCCCUGACUGCCCUGUCCUUGGCUAGCUCAUCUCCUCCUAUCAGUGGUCGCUCUACUCCCAAGCUCAGUUCUCGCAGUGCUGCACAGGACCUUGAUCGAAUAUGCAGUAUGACACUUCCAAGUGACCUGAGGAAACAUCGGAGAAAACUACUUUCACCAGCAGGUCGAGAUGAAAGUCGAGAAGAUAAAACAACCAUAAAAUGUGAGACUUCUCCUCCUUCUUCACCCAGGACUCUACGUCUAGAGAAGCUUGGACAUCCUGCUCUGAGUCAGGAAGAAGGCAAGAGUAGUUCUUUGGAGGACCAAGCAAGUAACCCCAGCAGUAGUAAUAGCAGCCAGGACUCUCUGCACAAAGGCUCCAAGAGGAAAGGCAUAAAAUCUUCUAUUGGACGCUUAUUUGGAAAAAAAGAGAAAGGCCGCUUGAUCCAGCUGAGUAGAGAUGGUGCGACUGGGCAAGUUAUGCUAACAGAUUCGGAGAUCAACAUACAGGACUCUCUUGGUCUUGGCAAAUUAGGAGCCCAAGCAGAGAAAGAUCGCCGGCUCAAAAAAAAACAUGAGCUUUUGGAAGAUGCUCGAAGAAGGGGCAUUCCCUUUGCUCAAUGGGAUGGUCCAACAGUAGUCUCUUGGCUGGAGCUUUGGGUGGGCAUGCCUGCCUGGUAUGUCGCAGCAUGCAGAGCCAAUGUGAAGAGUGGUGCUAUAAUGUCUGCCUUGUCGGAUACAGAGAUACAGAGAGAGAUUGGUAUUAGCAAUGCACUUCACCGAUUGAAGCUGCGUCUUGCAAUUCAGGAAAUGGUGUCACUUACAAGCCCAUCAGCUCCACCCACCUCGAGGACAUCAUCUGGAAAUGUCUGGGUGACACACGAAGAAAUGGAAACAAUGGCAACCUCAACCAAAACGGACACUGAGGAGGGCAGUUGGGCACAGACACUGGCUUAUGGGGAUAUGAACCAUGAGUGGAUAGGGAAUGAAUGGCUUCCUAGCCUAGGUCUCCCUCAGUAUCGCAGCUAUUUCAUGGAGUGUCUUGUAGAUGCACGGAUGUUGGAUCACCUGACUAAGAAAGACCUUCGGGUGCACCUGAAAAUGGUGGACAGUUUCCAUCGAACAAGCCUGCAGUAUGGUAUUAUGUGCUUGAAGAGGCUGAACUAUGAUAGAAAGGAGCUGGAGAGGAGGCGGGAAGAAAGCCAGCAUGAAAUCAAAGAUGUGUUAGUAUGGACCAAUGAUCAAGUAAUUCACUGGAUUCAGUCCAUUGGGCUUAGAGAGUAUGCCAACAACAUUAUUGAGAGUGGGGUCCAUGGAGCGCUUAUAGCUUUGGAUGAAAAUUUUGAUUAUAAUAGUCUGGCUCUUGUGUUACAAAUACCAACUCAAAACACUCAGGCACGACAGGUGAUGGAGAGAGAAUUCAACAACCUACUUGCCUUGGGCACUGACAGGAGGCUUGAUGAUGGUGACGACAAAACCUUUCGGAGAACUCCCUCCUGGCGAAAGCGUUUCCGCCCCCGAGAGUUUCAUAGCAUGAACAUGCUCAGUGGGUCAUCAGAAACGCUGCCAGCAGGAUUCCGAGUCACCUCRUUGGUGCCCUUACCACCUCCUUCAGUGCCCCCGAAGAAAAUGCCACCAGAAGUUGGUGGAUCUGGGUCCCAAAGACUGGAAACAUCCACAGUUCGCACAUAUUCCUGCUGAGGUUCAAUUUCCAAUGGCAUUGUCCCAGGCCUCAGCACAUUCCCACUACUUAUAUGGUUAUACGCUGGCUCCUUUCCGGGAGUAGGCAAGAGACCAGACCAUGCCUGCUCCUUGGCUCCAAAGAACAGAAGCGACAGGUGAACCAGUUCAGGCCACAGGCCAAAAGGACACCGUUCCUCCUGCUUGUACACAACCCCCUGGUUUCCUGUUUGGUGUCCUUAAACCCCAGUUAUAUCAGUGGCUUCCCAUUUAUCCCUCCCCCUUCUCUUGGCUUUAGACACACUCUUACAGAGAGAGAGAGACUGAGAGAGAGAGACUGAGAAAACAGGCUUUUCUAUUCCCAAGUCUGUCUUGUGUGUAAUAUUAUAAUGUUGAGAUAGGUCUGGUAAGACAUGGAAGCACCUUAAUGCUCGUUUGCAGCAGUCCUUGCACCAUGAUCUGCCUGUGCUUCAUUCUACCAAUAUGCCUGAGAGCAGCAGUAGCCUUCUGUUCCCACAGGUAGUUCAGACCCAAUAAGACAAUCAUCAAGGAAACAAGGCAAUGAGAGCAUGGGGAAAUUGAACUUGUAACUCUCCCUUGGGUACAGCAGCCUUUUGCUGCUGCUUCCCAUCAUGCUAUAGGUUACAAGGAGCUUUUUCUGCCUAUGGACAUUAAUAUUGGUCCUCAGAUUAGAAAAGACCAGGGUUGGAAACAGAGUGGGGUGGUGGUCUUUGAUGAAAUAAGGGGAAGACAUUAACUACCAAGCAGGUGUGCAUGUCUUCCAUGCCCCAUGUCUGUUAUUCAAUUAAAUCAGAAGCUGGGAGUACAUGUGGUUUUCCUUACACAUCUCUGUUGGGUGCACAGUAAUUGCCCUAUUUUUCUCUUGUAGACAAACAGAAAACCCCCCUUUCUUCUCUUUGCAUUUACAGUAGCCUGUGAUUCAAAAGAUCCCUAGCUGUUACUGUUUCUCCCCUCUAAGGUAGGAUCUGUUUGUCUCCUCAUGCUGCCUUUUGCCUUGUGUGGCCCCCUAUUACUGAUGUGGUAUUUCUUGGUGGCUGGAAUGCCCUAUACUCCUACCGUGCUGUUUGGAAGUGCAAUAUCAAAGAGACUGUACAGUUGCAAUGUCUUUCUGGUGUACAACUUGCCUAAUACAGUAUUAAAUAUUUUUUUAAUUUAAAGAAGAAGUGAUCCGUUUAUAUCAACAACCUCUUUCUUUUGUCAAAUUGGUACUGCAUGGAUUCCAAACCCUGCGAACAGACCAGGAAUGGGUGUAUGUGUGUUCCAAUAAACCGGAUUUUAAAACAA